CCUCCGCCUCCUGUAUGAAAACAAAGAUGUCGGCCGCCGGAAUAGAGACGCAUGUUUGCCAGACUUCGGGGUGUUCCGAGGAGGCAAAGCUCCAGUGUCCAACGUGCAUCAAACUGGGAAUUGAUGGCUCCUUCUUUUGCUCACAGACAUGCUUCAAAAGUUCAUGGGAAGUACAUAAAUUACUUCACAAGAAGACAAGAUCAUCAGAUUCCAGCUCGACACAGUACAAUCCUUGGCCGUAUUACAUGUUCACAGGCAGUUUACGUCCAUAUCUAAAAAGUGCCAAAAGAGAAGUUCCAAGAACAAUAGGCAGACCAGAUUACGCGGAUGACCCGAAUGGCUUUCCACACUCAGAACAGAAAUUGCGAGGAUCCACCAGUAUAAAGUGCCUUUCUGAUGAGGAAAUUGAGGGAAUGAGAGUAGCAUGCAAGCUUGCACGUGAAGUGUUAGACGAGGGGGUAAAGGUUUCCGGGGUAGGAGUGACAACUGAUGAAAUUGAUCGGGUCAUACACGAAGCAGCUAUUGACAGAGAAUGUUACCCUUCUCCUCUCAACUAUCAUGGCUUUCCCAAGUCAUGUUGCACAUCCAUCAACGAGGUCAUCUGUCACGGAAUUCCCGAUAUGAGGCCAUUGCAAAAUGGAGAUAUCUGCAACAUUGAUGUGACUGUAUACCAUCGUGAUUUCCAUGGUGACUUGAAUGAAACUUUAUUUAUUGGUGAAGCAAACAAGACAGCUAAAACCCUUGUUAAAACUACUUGGGAGUGCCUUCAGAAGGCUAUUGAAAUUGUUGAGCCAGGGGUGAAGUACCGAGACAUUGGUGCUGUUAUUCAAAAGCAUGCCCACUCUCAUGGGUUUUCAGUUGUGCGUUCUUACUGUGGCCACGGCAUCCACCAGCUGUUCCACACAGCACCUUCUGUUCCGCAUUAUGCUAAAAACAAAGCUGUUGGAGUUAUGAAGCCAGGUCAUACUUUUACCAUUGAACCAAUGAUAUCAGAAGGCACUUGGAAAGAUGAGCAGUGGCCAGAUGACUGGACAGCAGUAACUGCAGAUGGGAAGCUUUCUGCCCAGUUCGAAGAGACUUUGCUGGUGACUGACAUUGGUGUUGAAGUUCUGACUCGACGAAGAGAAAAAAAUGGACAGCCCUAUUUCAUGGAUUGAAGUGUAUGAUGCUUAGGAGUGAAGCCAAGUUUAGCAUUAAGAACAUACUUUUAUCUUGGAUGAUUUGAUUUACAGAUUCGAGUAAGACCAGAAUCGGUUUAAUAAAAGGACUAAAUUUUGAAGAUAAAAGUUUAAUUUUAUAUUCCCUAUUUUCAUGAUAUCUUACUUUGUAAGAUACAGCCAGUACCGUCAACCACCAUGUAUGUGAUAUCCAAGUCCAUUAUAUCGUAGGAAAUAUUUAUAAUGAUUUUAAAAUCUGUACUAGACUGUUAAAUGACAGUUGAUUAUAAUAAUGUCGCAUAUUGUUAACAUCACAGGAUUUCUGUUAUCUCCAAUUUGUUCCAUAGACAUGUGUAGCUUCUUAUUUUCAUACAAAUAUUCUGGGUAUUUAUUUGUUUGAAAUAAAGAAUAGCCUAAUGUACUUUUUUCAACUACAUAACCAAUAUUGUAAAUUAAUCGGUUUUAUAAAAUGUCUCCUUGUAAUCUGUUGUUACUGUAUUUUGUGGAUAUUCUUUUAAGUCAUUAAUAAAACUAAGUGAGUUUUUU